CCCACCCCAGGGACCGCGGCCGUGCUCCCUCCUUCUCCGCGAAGCCGCCCAGGGCAGGUGACCCUCUGUCCAGGGCCCGCGUCUCCGGCCGUGGGCCCCGGCGGUUCCCGGCUACGCCUCCACGGCCUGAAGUUGCUCAAAGUCCCGUGAGGAAGUUUACUUCGACUUCGACUCCGUACCGGCAGGUCUCCGGGGAGGAUCGGCGGCAGCGAAGCCAGCGCGCGGCGGCAGAUGCCCUCAGCUCUCCCCUCAGCCGCGCUUCCCCCUCAGCCGCCACCCCCGUCACCCCCCGCUCCCGCCAGCUCCUGUGGCAACGGCGCCACCGCGCCGAACAUGGCGGACUAAGGAGGUUAGCGCCCACAGCCAAUAGAAUACCUCUUAUACUACCUGCCAGCCAAUAGCAAACUCCGACUCACCUGGAACCAAUCUCCAGAAAGGAUCCCGCCCACCCACGACCAAUCAUAGGCCGGGAACCGUUACCUGGGGAGUUGAACUGUCUUAGCCAAUCACAAGCGACGGCAGAAGCGGCGGAACACCUGCAGCCAAUCGGAGAAGCGAGCGGGCUGCUGCCGCCGCGCUCCGGGGUCGUGUCGCUGCCACGAUUCGUCUUGGCUGUCCUGUAGAGUUUCAGCCCUUUGCCAUGCCCGUCCGACUCCUCCGCGCUCCAAGACACGGUCGCGUCGUGGCAGAAGGAGGCCCGAGUCCUGAGCGGACAGGCGGACGCGACCGUUACCGCGCUCUAGGGGCUGCGAGCUCGUGCCUCUGCCCUUCUUAGGAGCCCUCACGAGGUGUCAGAGAAUUGCACUUUUUUCAUCUAAUAAACUGCUGUCCAUUGCUACACCCAGAUUUGAAGAGCUGACAGGCUCCUAAAGCCUGGUUGUUGUGAAAGAACUGUCGGUAUGGAAGAUAAUGAGAUUGGUUAUGGUAAGAAAGAAGAUCAAAAGUCUCUUCUGCCAUUUCUGGAAGAGGAAGAAAAAGAUGAAGAUGGUCAGUCCUCUAAUGUGGAAGAACAUUGGGAAGAAUACAAGCUUGAAGAAGAGCUGGCUGGUGGUAGCAAGAUGGGAAACAAGGAUGCUUCUGAAGGAGUUGGAGACAAAUGUGACCACAGCAUGAAAAGCUUGGAACACCAUGUGGGCAACGUUAGUAAUAUUCAGCCUGUGAAGUAUACAGAUAGAAUUUGCAUAUUAACCUUACAGAGGAAACUCAAAGAGAUCAAUGACAUAGCCAAAGAAAAGGAGCUUGUGGUCCAAGAAGCCAGAGACAAGCUGAGUACCUGUCAACUGCAGAUCAAGAUGCUAGCAAAGCAGCUGGAUUAUGUAGACAUUGAAAUAGAGAAAGAGGAGGCGGCUGGCAAUGUAGCAGCCUUGUCCCGCCUUCGGGCAAUGCACAGAAGACUGUGUGCUGAGCUGGAGAGAGAGAAGGAUUUUGAGUUGAAAAUUGCUUUGACACUAAAAGGAAACUUGCUUGAGAUGUGGCACGUAGAAACUGAGCAGGGAAAAUACAAAAUCCUCCAUGAACAACUUAAAAAAGCUGAGGAGGAGCUAGAGAUGCAAUACCAAGAACGAGCACAAGUGCGGAUUUGGAAGGAAAAAAUAGCAGCACUGCAAGCCAAAGAAAGUCGUCGGUCUAGAGAAAAAAAAGAAGAAGAAGCCAAGAAAGAAUAUGAAGAAAGGCAUAAAAGAAUACUUGAAGAUGCCAAAAGGAACCAUGAAAAAGCAGUGUAUUUCCUGAGAAAAAGCAUAGCAAGAAUUCAUGAAAAAAAUGCAAAGGAAGAAGUGAAAACUCAGGAGCAUAUGGAGAGAAGGAUACAAGCUGUGCUUUCCCUGAAAAACAGCAUAACUUCCAAUAGGGAAAAACUCCAAACUCUCCAGGUUUGGAACAAAGCAAAGGCCUUAAAGGCAAAGAAGCAGGAGAUGAAAAUGAGAGAAACUAUCCUAGCAGAAGGAGGCAAUGUUACCAAGGAAAUUUUGCUCCAUAAACGACUCCUAGAACAGGAAAAAGAGAAAGAAGCUUCUAGAGAACAGCAAAAGUCAAGAAAAAUUGAGAUUGUAUCUCGAAUUUUGCAAGAGAAAGAGUUUAUUCACAAGCAGAAGAAACGUCAGUCCCAAACCAAGGCAAUUAAGGGUGAUGCUAAACUUGAGGAUUCUUUGCUGUGGAGAAUGACAACAUGGCAAUAUAUUGAGAAGACCUGCACAAGCUUCAGCUGUGAUUCAGCUGAAGUAGUUUCACAGCCCUGGUCCCCAUCAGGCUGUUCCUCAGCUGGGGAGAGAACCGCUUCUGCACGAGAGGUUUCGGAAAAAAUACCCCAUGAUGUGUCCUGUGAAAGCAGCGAAGAUGAGAAAGAGAGGGAGGAGACCCUAGUAGAGUUCCCAGGACGCUGGAGCCAGGAACGUGACUUGCACAAGAUACCUGAAGAAGGAAUGGAUCAAAAGCAGCUAGCUACAAGGGUAGUGAAAAAAGAAACUCUUGAGAAAAAACUGGAGCAAUUCCAAACUGGGAUUUUUCACAAGCAAGUAGUACCUGGUCAUGAAUGUAAGAGAUGUACUUUCUAUCGUAAACCAAGCUGCAUUCAUUUCAAGGACUUUGAUGUUGGUCAAAUCUACAAAAAGAAGAUAGUUCUGAUAAAUGCAUCCUCCCGUGUUAAUUUCUGCAGACUAGUGGGAGUCAGCGAGUGGCUCAAGGAUGUCAUCAGUGUCCAUUUUGACCCACCUGGCAAAAUAUCUGCUGGAAUGUCCUGUGAAACAGUGGUAACAUUUAAGCCAGUGGUAAAUGAAACUCUGGAAGGAGAAGUCAUGUUUAUGGCACAGACAGGCCCUUUUUCUGUUCCUGUGAGGUGUACAGCCAAGAGAUGCAUUCUGGCACUAGAUAAAGAGCUCAUUGACUUUGGCAGCCAUGUGGUGGGAGAGACAAUUUCACGGACCAUCAAGCUGACAAACAGUGGAGCUUUGGGAACAAGAUUCAGAGUUCAGACGUCAUCAGGGGACAGCCCUACAUGCAGAGCAACAGCAGAAUCUUCUCCUGAAAGAAUGGUUACUCAACACUUCAGCAACUCUGUCCCUGAACAGAAAGUGAGUAAUACUCCUGUAACAUCUGUGGUUGAAAGGAAAGAACCAAUUUGUCCUGACCAUAGUGAAGAAGUGACCUCCUGUGUAGCCCAGGUGGAGCAGCAGAGAGCUGAGACAAACCUGAGCAGUAGUUCCACAGAACAAGUUGGUCAAGACUUACUAAAUUCCAGAUCAGACCUAGACACAGACAAGGCAUAUAAUUUAGUGGAACUUUCUUCUGAAAAAACACCAGUAGAAAUUCUGCUUGGAAAGGUUACUGAAGGUGAAAUUGGACCCUUCAGCUCAGUCAAACUUCCAGUUCUGUUUGUCCCAGCUGUCCCUGGGGAUGUGCAGGCAGAGUUUGUGAUCGUGUUUGACAACUCAGACUGCAAACCACUGUGCUUUAGUGCCAUUGGAGUUUCUAUUGAUGUGCCAGUUUGGGUGCCCAAUCCCAACAUUGACUUAAAGAUCUGUAUGUAUGACCAUCUGUACCAGGAUUGCAUUGUCAUUCAAAGCAGAGCAAAAGCCACGCUGCAUUUGAAGUUUGAAGUAUGCAAAGAAUUGAGUAAGCACAUGGAGCUCCUUCCAAAGACAGGUUACAUUCAAGCUCAGUCAUCCUUCAGUGUGCAGUUGAAGUUUCUGCCCAGGCCCUCUCUUCCUGAAGAUGCAGGGAGCUAUUUUAAUGAAGAGACCAGAGUUCUGGAAGUUCCAGUGACAAUCCUGAUUGUGGAUAAGGCUAAAAGAGUUAAUUUUACAGUCCAUGCAAUUGUUACUACCUCUGAUUUGGAAAUCAGUCCAGCACAAAUUGAUUUUGGACACUGCACCAUCUAUGAAGCUGUGCAGGCAAAUGUCACACUCACAAACAAAUCCAUCUUGCCACAAGAGUUUGGAUUUGUAGGACUUCCAGAGUUUGUUGAAAUUCAGCCUAAUGAUGGAUUUGGAAUUCUCCUUCCCCUUGAAAGCCUGACACUGGACAUAAUCUUUAAAGCUCCCAAGGCCAAAGAGUACAGCUUUGAGCUAACCUGCAAGUCAGCGGUUAAUAGACAAUUCAAGCUGUCAUGCAAAGCAGUUGGAGUCCACCCACCUCUUGAAUUGUCUCAUUCCUUAGUUCAGUUUGCUGCAACAGCUCUAAAUGGUGUGUCUACAGCAACACUGUAUGUGCUGAAUUCCCAUGUGAGUGUCAACCACUUUACUCACCCCGUCCCAAGAAUUGGCAAUGGGGAAGUUGCCCCUGUUGGACCCACUUCGUUUGAAUUCUGUGUGCCAGAAGGCUGCCCAGUGACAGUUACACCUUCUGUUGGAACUGUGUUGCCUGGGAAGAAAAGCUCAAUUCAAGUGUCCUUCAGACCAACACUGUCAGAUCAGCUAAUCAGAGAAGAGGCAGCUCGGAGGCUUUGCAGAGCAGCUGCAACAGGGGCAGAAAUACAAGAAAGGACAAAAGAUGAAACAAGAGAGGGAAAGAAAUUAAGAAUCCCCAUUAGCAGACAGCAGUCUUCCAGACAGCUCGAAAAGGAUGGAGACAGCAAAGACCUGACUGCUCUGGGUAGUUCUGAACAACCAGAAUCCCAAGAGUUAAAGCCUGAUUCUGAUGCUUAUAUGGCAGCCCAGGCUUUCCUGGUGAGGAAUUUCAGUGGGAGGUUUGAAAAAUACAUCAUCCCAUGCUUUGUUGCAAGCGGACACAUCGAUGAAAAGAAAGGCUCAGAAAGCCUCAGCUACAGCCCUUACAACACCUUGUAUUUGGAGCUCCACUGUCCAGCUGUAGCACCAGCUAUUGUGGUCACUUCAGAUGAUGGGAGAAACAGAGUCAAUUUUGGUGAUGUUGCAGUAGGCCACAGAAUGAUUCAGCAAAUUACAAUACAAAAUAUCUCCCCAGAGAAGCUGGAACUGGGAUUCUCAGUUCUGAAUCCCAAUGGUCCCUUCCUGUUGGUCAGAGCAGUUGGAGUGCUUGAGCCAGGUGAAAAUAAACCCCUGAUCAUCUCCUUUUGUCCACAUGAGAAUAAAUGGUUUUUUGAGAAGCUGGACAUCCAGACAGCAAAAAACAAUCUAACCCUAAGCAUCACUGGCCACGGGGUGGUGCCAUCAACUGUCUGCUCUGUGGAAGGAGUACUGGAUAUGGGACAUGUCGUAGCCAAAGAGGAAGUGACUUCCACGUUCAAGGUACAGAACACUUCCCCACUGGCCCUGCAAUACUCCAUACAACUGGAAUCACUUUCCCCAGCAACAGACAAAGAUCAGCAGAGACUUCCCUCCUUUCUUCCAUCCUUUUUGCAAAGAACAGAGAUUGUUGGAACACAGAACUCUAAUGGCUUGAGUGCAUUCAGUAUCUUUCCAACAGAAGGAGAAAUUGUUGCUGGGAAGAGUCAGGAUUUUGUUGUUACUUUCAGUCCUGAUCAUGAAAGUCAGAGCUAUGCUGCCUGCCUCAAGGUUGUGCUCUUUGGCAAGAGAAUUGCCCACGUGAUCCACCUGAAGGGUGCAGCAAGAGAUCACCCAAUGUUUGUGGAAGGGGGGAUUCCACUGGAUGUGCCCCUGGAGUCCUUGGCUGGAAUAUUGCCUCUGUCAUCACCAGAGGCACCAAAAGGAGAGCCACCAGAACCAGUGAAGACCAUUCUCCUCAGUCUGGAGUAUAUUGAGGAAGAGACUGCUCCAGUGCCAGCGCUGACAGAGCUGAGAGUUGGAGCUAUCCAGACAACUCGGUUUGCAUCUAAGAAGAAAGUGGAGUUCAGUGUGGACAACCUGCGGCUCUUGCAGCAGAAGGGAUUCAGCGUCGAACCUGCGAAGGGAAAAGUUGAGCGCGGCCAAGUCAAACGCAUCCGUGUUUCUUGGGUGCCGCCUGCUGACGGCCCGGCUGACGACCCUCAGCUUGUGUCAGCCCUCCUGACUGUGAAAGGUGACAUAAAGGAAUCUUACCGAGUCCUCUUCAUGGCCAGAGCUGUGUCUGCACACGCUGCCACCAAGUGAGGGAACCAAGCUGAAGGGAAAGGAAGGUGGAGGCAGAUCAUUGGAUCUCAGCUGAAACAUGGCAAGAUGGUUGCAAGUACGUGAGGGGAGCUGGGAAGCAGAAGGAAGGUGAUUGAAUAGCUCUGCUUUUCUCAAAGAAAAUUCCAUGUAAACUCUGGUUCCUCUGGAUUAAUUUACAAGCUGCCUCUGUGAUAAAAGCCUGUGGUAGAGUUAAGAAAUACUCAGAGGCUCAAGUAGAUAGACGUGUUGUUCAUCACAGUGUCCUCCAAAGGUGGCCAUUCCCUCAGCAGGAGCAAUCCUUUUACAUCUACGUGGGUGAGUU